CGGUGUGUGUGUGGGUCGGCGGCGGGGAAGGGCCGUUAACUCGCCGCGCGCUGCCGGUGCUUCCUUCCCCUUCACCUCCGCGCCCCGCCGCCAUGGCCCUCAAUAAGUCCAUGCAUGCGCGCAACCGCUAUAAAGACAAGCCGCCCGACUUCGCCUACUUGGCCGGCAAGUACCCCGAGUUCCAGCAGCACGUGCAGACCACCCUCACCGGCAGGGUGAGCCUGAAUUUCAAGGAUCCUGAGGCGGUGAGAGCUCUGACGUGUACCCUUCUGAAAGAGGAUUUUGGGCUGACGAUUGACAUCCCCGUGGAAAGGCUUAUUCCGACCGUUCCCCUGAGGCUGAACUACAUCCACUGGGUGGAGGAUCUCAUCGGGCACCAGGAGGCUGACAAGCAAGUCCUCAGGCGGGGCAUUGACAUAGGGACAGGGGCCUCUUGCAUAUACCCAUUGCUUGGAGCAACAUUGAAUGGCUGGUAUUUUCUUGCAACAGAGGUGGAUGAUAUGUGCUUCAAUUAUGCCAAGAAGAAUGUGGAACAGAAUAACUUGUCUGAUCUUAUAAAAGUGGUUAAGGUACCACAGAAGACUCUUCUAAUGGAUGCACUGAAAGAAGAAUCUGAGAUAGUUUAUGAUUUUUGCAUGUGCAACCCCCCCUUUUUUGCCAACCAAUUGGAAGCGAAGGGAGUAAAUUCUCGAAAUCCACGGCGUCCUCCUCCCAGCUCUGUAAAUACAGGAGGGAUUACAGAAAUCAUGGCUGAGGGAGGAGAACUAGAAUUUGUCAAAAGAAUUAUUCACGAUAGUCUACAGCUUAAAAAGAGGUUACGAUGGUACAGUUGCAUGUUGGGGAAGAAAUGCAGUUUAGCACCGCUGAAAGAAGAACUUCGAAUCCAGGGGGUUCCAAAAGUUACUCAUACUGAAUUUUGUCAAGGACGCACCAUGAGGUGGGCACUGGCGUGGAGUUUCUAUGAUGAUGUACAAGUACCUUCACCUCCCUCUAAAAGAAGAAAAUUAGAAAAACCCCGAAAACCAAUUACAUUUACAGUCUUGGCUGCUACAGUCAAGGAGUUAUCCAUCAAAGCUGCAGCUAUAGGCUGGGAUGCUGUAGAAGCAAUUGCUGUGGUUAGAGCCUGGGUAGAGAAGAUUCUCACUGAUCUGAAGGUUCAGCAUAAACGUGUUCCCUGUGGAAAGGAUGAGCUUAGCCUAUUUGUGACUGCCAUUGAAAACUCCUGGAUUCAUUUGAGGAGAAAGAAACGAGAGAGAGUAAGGCAAUUACGAGAACUUCCUCGAGCUUCUGAAGAUACUCUGCAAGCAAUGGAAGAGGAAAAAACCAGCCAGAAGAGCGUAAGCAACAGUUCAGACUGUGAAAACGCAAAGACUGAGGACUGUGAAACAGGGUUUAUGGCAGCUGAUGAGGAUGUCUACUUGACUGCAGGUGAUGAGCUAAUGGAAGAAUCUGCUGCCAAAGAAGAACAGAAUGAGCACGUGAAGGAGGAGGUGACGGAAGCAAAGGAGGCAGAAACGUCACUUGCCAAAGGUUCCAGUAAUACAAAGGAGGAACCUUGCCCUUCGGAGGAAGUUAGCAAUCUGACAGUUGAAAAAAGUCCCAAAGAAGCUAGCAGAUGUUUUCUCUUCAAGUGUUUGAUGAAUGUGAAGAAAGAUGGAAAUGAUGUAUUAGUAGAGAUGCACUGGGUUGAAGGACAGAACAGAGACUUGAUGAACCAGCUGUGCACAUACUUACGGAACCAAAUUCUUCGACUGGUUGCUAGUUAGCAGAUUUUCCUCCUUUGCUAAAGUGCAUUAGUCCUCAAAUUUUGUAAACUUUUUAAUGGAUUAAAAUUUUCAGCUAGCAAAACUUGUUUUUUUCCUCUUUAAAAACAGAGUAACAUGGAGAUUAAGGUCCCCUUUAAUAUUUUAAACAGCUUUUUCAAAGCUGCAAGUAGUACAUGAAAUGUACUUCAUCAGCCAUGAAGCGAUGGGGAAGCAGUGGAUUUUGUGCUGCAGUUGUAAAACUUUGCAGUAGAGUGAAACAUGUCUAUGCUGUAGGCCUCUCAGGUAUUAACAGUGCUUGUUCUGGUCCUUUUUUUCUGGUGAAAUAGAAUUAUAUAUUGUUACUAAGUUGAAAUCUUUUACUGAAAUAUUUUCUUCUCUAUUUUUUCAAUAUUAAUGCAGGAAACGGUUAGUCUGCUGUGGGAAUUGUUUUGUGCAGCGAGGAGUCUUCAGUUAAGGAUUUAAGUAUGGCUCUCUUCCCUUUCAUGCAUUUAACCGUUAGUCUGCAGAGCAGCAAAAUGGAUACAGCCUCUAAGUGUCAAGUCAUUAAAAUAAUCUCAUUAGAAAAACUGUGUGUUGUACUUUUCUGGUGCUUGGGCUUUGAAACACAGAAGAGCCUGUUGUUAGCAUCUGGUUUGGAAGACUUGCUCUUGCUUUAAAGAGUCUUUAACUAUGUUGAGUGUUUUAUUAGACCCUGACACUGAUUCAAACAUAAUCACCUGAAAUGAUAGCAGUAUUCUUGAAGGAUUUUGCUUCCAUUUAAUCAGAAGAGAUUGCUUUAAUGACAGAAACGAGAGUAUGUUCUUCAUGAGCCAGAUAUUCCUUACACAGGACAAAGAUGGGUAUAGAAGCUUAAGGCCAUUGCAAAGGACAACUGGAAGGAAGACUGUUGCUUCCAAACCCAGAUCCCUCUUUACUACCUGAUGUUUUCCCAGUGUUCCUGGGCCAGUGACCUGUUCCUGAGGCUGAGGGAUAUGGUUGCCUCAGAGAAGGUGCAAAAAUGUCUCUGAGGUGGUUAGCACUGGUGCUGUUUUGCCUGAAGUCAGCCUCUGAGGCUGUGAUCUGUUGCUCUGUAGAGAUCUACAGGACACAGAGAGUAAGGGGUUUUUUUCUGAGGCUGUGGAGUGUGUGUGUUGCCUAAAAUAAAACAGUCCUAGUGGACAGAAGAAAUCUUGAUGCUGCUGGAAUCACGUAGUUGACCCUUAGUUGACAGGAUUUCU